GUACAGUAGGCCUAAGUGAGUCGAAGAGUCGAUUCCAACUCCUGGAGUCGGAGUCGACUCUGAAACAGCUGAUCGAACACCCACAGUCGCGGGAAUGACUGCAGGAAAAUGGCGGAGGGAGAUCUGAACGUAGACAGCAUCAUCUCCAGACUGCUGGAAGUGCGAGGAUGUCGUCCUGGGAAGGUGGUGCAGAUGACGGAGGCGGAGGUGCGAGGGCUGUGCAUCAAAUCUCGAGAGAUCUUCCUCAGUCAGCCCAUCCUGCUGGAGCUGGAGGCACCACUCAAGAUCUGUGGUGACAUCCACGGUCAGUACACAGACCUGCUGCGGCUCUUUGAGUAUGGCGGUUUCCCUCCGGAAGCCAACUACCUGUUCCUGGGAGACUAUGUGGACCGAGGGAAGCAGUCGCUGGAGACCAUCUGCCUCCUGCUGGCGUACAAGAUCAAAUACCCCGAGAACUUCUUCCUGCUCCGCGGCAACCACGAAUGUGCCUCCAUCAACCGCAUCUAUGGGUUUUAUGACGAGUGUAAACGCAGGUUUAAUAUCAAACUUUGGAAGACUUUUACCGACUGCUUCAACUGUCUGCCCAUCGCCGCCAUUAUCGACGAGAAGAUCUUUUGCUGUCAUGGAGGCCUCUCUCCAGACCUGCAGUCCAUGGAGCAGAUCCGGCGCAUCAUGAGGCCGACUGACGUGCCCGACACAGGCCUGCUGUGUGACCUGCUGUGGUCAGACCCGGAUAAAGACGUCCAGGGCUGGGGUGAGAACGACAGGGGCGUGUCCUUCACGUUUGGAGCCGACGUGGUCAGCAAGUUUCUCAACCGUCAUGACCUGGACCUCAUCUGCAGAGCUCACCAGGUGGUUGAAGACGGAUAUGAGUUCUUUGCUAAGCGGCAGCUCGUGACGCUGUUCUCGGCACCCAACUACUGCGGGGAGUUUGAUAACGCUGGCGGCAUGAUGAGUGUGGAUGAGUCCCUCAUGUGCUCUUUCCAGAUCCUGAAGCCCUCUGAGAAGAAGGCGAAGUACCAGUAUGGAGGGGUGAGUUCAGGGCGGCCCGUCACCCCGCCGCGCACAGCUCCGGCCCCUAAGAAGAGGUGAGGCGUAAGACGUCCUCCCAGAAGCCCCUGCACAUGUCCAGCUGUUCUCUCUCUCUCACACACACUCACACACACACAUUGUCACCGCUCGUCGCUCUUGAUUUGCUUGUUUUGUUGGCGUUUCUGUUAAUAAUUGUUAUUAUCUGGCUGUGUGUUUUCCAGUACUUUCAUAUAUUGCACAAUCUGGACUGUGCUUCAGAGAAAAUAUGAUGUGUGUGUGUUUGGAGAUUGUGAGGGGUGUGAAUAUUACCUGUUUCCUGUACAUAUCCUUUCAUCUGAGGCACACUGGGACAGAUCAUUCUCACACGAUUCCAAUCUUAUUCUUGAACAACAGUGUUGUGUCGCCCAUCGGGCAGAUCUCAUGAGACUUUCUGCUAAUAAGUAAAAUGAAUAUAACUGCAGCAAAAUAAUUUAGACACUUUACACUUGUAAAUGUGUGAAUGUGAUUCGGUGUCUGCAUCUGCAGGAUCUUCACUGACGUCACUUUUCUUGAUGAUGUUUGAAGAGUCAGCUGGUGUUUUGGUGAUUUUAGUGGAUGUAUGAAGUCAGUUCUGCUAAAGUUCACACAGAUGUAGAGAAUCACAUUAACUAGCAGCAUCAUCCACUAACUAACUAACUAACCACAAACACACUCACAACACUGUCCACGUCUAUUGAUUUAGCAGUUCAAACACAACACACAUUGUACAGUGUGUUUGUGUGUCUUUCUUUCCUGUCAGUGACACUGGCUUUGAUAUUUUGUAUCUAAUUUAACGAUGUUCAUGAAUUAAUUCAAAUAUUUUUGGGUCACUUUUGGCACAAAAGCUCAGUAGUGUACAUUAAACACUACAGACUGAUUCAGUUGAAAUUGUUGGCAUGAAAAACCGUGUAUUUGAUCUGUUUUGCUGUGUAAUCCUGUGUGUGUUCAGAGUGUUCAAACUGGACUCUGAGUGACGGCAGUAAUAUCUGUUAUUCUAUAGGAGUGUUUCCUGCAGUCUGCCUUCGGUUUGGGUUUAAGAGUCGUUGUCUGAUGUGCUCUCAGUUAUAAACUUAAGACCCUUUCUGCAAACUGAUACUAACGGUUUGCGACCCAUGUUAACUGUUAAAAUUAGAGUUCAAAAAUAACAUGCUUCUGAAAUUUUGUGUUACAGCUUCUUUAAGGCUUUUAUUAGACUUUGAGUUUGAAUGAAAUUGUAAGUAAAUAUUACUUCACUACAAAGACAGCAAAUAUUUUUGACAUUUUCAAAAUGAGUUUUGAGAUUCGUUUCAAACUCUUUUAACUCUUUCCCCGCCAGCGUGUUUUAAAAAAGUUGCCAGCCAGCAGCAGCGUUUUUGAUCAUUUUCACAACACCUUUUUUAAAGCCCCCAGAAUAUUUUGCUUUUAAACAAACAAACAAAAAGCGUUUUAUUUUAGCAUCAUGGAUGCUUUUUUUUUUUUUCCAAAGACUACAGUGUGCAUAAGCGAUGCUUUUAUCUCUUGUUUCUGCUUCUUCGCCUGUGUUUUGAUCCGGAGAUUCAGAACUCUUUCAGAAAAUGCGUAAUAGCGCCCCCUACUGUAUAACAGUGAAAACAUUGAAAGCGGAAAAAUUCCGUCAAUGGCGGGGAAAGAGUUAAUUGUAAUAAAUGAUAUUGUGCUGUUGACUCUGUGAAGAGGACCGGAGAGCCGUCCGUCUCACUGGUACUUGCUUAGAUUUUAAUUUGAGCAAAUUAGAUGGAAACGGUCUUAAGAAAUGACCUGUGAAUAUUUUAUUGCAUCUUUUAACAAUUAUUUCAGUGAAAAAUUUGCCACAGCAAGUGGCAGGGAAACCACAAAUUUUGUGGUGACAUUCCAACCUAAAAAUAAAACCAUAAAGUGUUUUGA